UGCUUCAAAACCCGUUCUGCUUCUCGGUGCAGGUUCUCGCUGCCCUGGUCACAGUAUGGUCACCGCACCUGGCUUAUGCAUCUGACGGAUUUCACUGCCACAAUCUUGGUGACAACGUCAUCAGGGUAUCAGUGGAUGGUGACAUGUGCGAGAUCAGCGAGAACAUCACGCCUUUCAUCCUGACAUCUGCGCUUGCGCCUUCUUCUGUGACGUCUCAUCACGUGGGACUUCCAGCGGCUUUAAAACGAGUCGCAGUGCAAGUUACCUCCUGUGGGCUUGGCAGCAGCGCUUCGGGAACGAUGCUUCAAAACCCGUUCUGCUUCUCGGUGCAGGUUCUCGCUGCCCUGGUCACAGUAUGGUCACCGCACCUGGCUUAUGCAUCUGACGGAUUUCACUGCCACAAUCUUGGUGACAACGUCAUCAGGGUAUCAGUGGAUGGUGACAUGUGCGAGAUCAGCGAGAACAUCACGCCUUUCAUCCUGACAUCUGCGCUUGCGCCUUCUUCUGUGACGUCUCAUCACGUGGGACUUCCAGCGGCUUUAAAACGAGUCGCAGUGCAAGUUACCUCCUGUGGGCUUGGCAGCAGCGCUUCGGGAACGAUGCUUCAAAACCCGUUCUGCUUCUCGGUGCAGGUUAGUUCUUACUUACCUACGAAGUGCUAUCGUAGUGACAACCGUUUCCUGAUGCUGCUGCCGUGCCCACUGCUGUUGUCUGAUAUGCUUCCUUUUGUAUUGAAUCUUUUAUCAUGUGGCGAUAUUGAGGCAAACCCAGGUCCAACUGAGAAGGAGCUUUUGAUGAAGCUACUUGAUGGGCAGAAUAACAUGAUGGCCACUAUGAAUAGCCUAUUAUCGAAUCAAAAUAGAAUGGAAUUAGAUAUAACAGAUAUGAAGGAAAGACUAAGCGGUUUAGAGGCUAACUCGUCUGUUCUGCAAUCUUUGGAACAAGAAUUUAAAAAUAUGAAGUCAUCCGUCGCUACUUUGCAAACACAGGUGUCAUAUUUACAGAAUAAGUUAGAUGACCAAGAAAACAGAGGUAGACGAAACAACCUGAUCGUUUACGGGAUACAGGAAGAUGACAACGAAACAUCGGAUAGCCUAACGAAUAUGCUAGAAAACGAUAUUUUCAAGGAUAAGCUGGGACUCAGUGUUAGUGGCAUAGAGAGGUGUCACAGACUAGGCAAAAAAGCGGAAAAAAACCGCCCAGUGAUAAUUAAAUUCUUGGAUUAUCGUGAGAAACUAACCAUUCUCAGAUCUUGUUCAAAGUUAAAAGGAACAAAGCUUUCCAUAACAGAAGACUUUUCAUUCAGAGUGCGUCAAAUAAGAAAGAAAUUAUGGCUAAGUGCGAAACAGGAAAAAGAAAAUAAUGCUAAGGUGAAGUUGUUCUUUGAUAAGUUAAGCGUGGACGGCGUAAUGUUUGGAUGGGACGAAGCCAAAGAUAAGCGCUUUAAACUUACUAAAAAGAAAUGAAUUCACAAGAUAAGCAGUAGGCCCUUCACAAUUCUUAACAUGAAUUGUCGCAGUGUCGUGAAUAAGACUGUCCAGCUCGAAAGCAUGCUUUUUUCGCUAGACCCCGACGUGGCCGUACUAACCGAAACUUGGUUAAGCGAUGAUGUAUUUGACAGUGAAUUCGUACCAAAGAAUUAUAAAGUGUUACGUAGGGACCGGGAUAGAAGAGGGGGAGGUAUUGCUGUACUGUAUAAAUCUUCCAUUAUGCUGCAGACAAUGCCUGAUGUUCCCGAUGUAGAAAGCGUAUUUUGUAAAUUAUACGUGAAUAAUUUUAGAUAUAUCAUUGCAGCUUUGUACAGACCUCCUAACUCCACUGUUGAUAACUUGGAGCGCUUGUCAACUUAUAUGCAUUCAUAUGUAACGCGAGAAGAUAAAUUAAUACUAA